CACUUCUUUCCAAAUAAACAUCGCCCCCCCCCCCUCCUGCUUCAAGUCCCUUAUCCUUCACCUUCGCACUCAAACCAGCCAAUUAUGGCCUCUUUCUCUCGUCAACCGACACUCACUCCCACCAAGACGGUGGCUGGCACCACCACCACCAUUCCCACCUUCCCUUCCUGUUCUUUCUUCCCAAAAAGGCCCCAAAUUUCAAAAGCUGGAAAGCGGAACCACUUUGUUCAUAGAGGGGCAUGCAAAGCCACAAAUAAUGGUGACGAAAUCCUUCCCUCUAGCUCCAACGACAGACAACCUCCUCAAGGGAAAUUCGAUAGGAGAGAUGUGCUCAUCGGCCUCGGAGGCCUCUAUGGUGCUGGCAGUCUUUACAAUGACCCGUUGGCCACGGCAGCUCCAGUGUCGGCGCCGGACAUAACAAAAUGUGGGAAGGCAGAUAUCCCUGCAGGGGCAAAACCAACCAAUUGCUGCCCAAAACCAUCCUUAGAGAUUAUAGACUUUAAGCUACCUCCCCAAAACUCCCCCUUGCGUGUUAGGCCUGCCGCGCAUUUGGCCGACAAGAAUUACAUAGCCAAAUUUAACAAAGCCAUCGAGCUCAUGAAAGCCCUCCCGGCCGAUGACCCUCGUAGUUUCCAACAACAAGCCAACGUUCACUGCGCCUAUUGUAACGGGGCAUAUGACCAAGUCGGAUCCUCAAGCCUCGAGUAUCAAGUUCACAGCAGUUGGCUCUUCUUUCCGUUUCAUCGCUACUACUUGUACUUCUACGAGAAGAUCUUGGGAAAGUUGAUCGGCGAUCCCGACUUUGUCUUGCCAUUCUGGAACUGGGAUUCCCCUCCCGGAAUGCCAAUACCGGCCAUGUUUGCCACCUCCAAGUCACCUCUCUACGACAGCCUCCGCAACGCCAAUCACCAGCCGCCGACUCUGCUCGACCUUGACUACAGCGGCACCGACGUGUUAACAUCAAAUCAAGACCAAAUCUCGAGCAAUCUGGCCAUCAUGUACCGGCAAAUGGUGUCCAGCGCCAAGAACGGCCAGCUAUUCUUCGGCAGCCCUUACCGCGCCGGCGAUGAAUCCGACCCAGGUGCUGGCUCGAUCGAGAGCAGCCCUCACAAUAACAUCCACUUAUGGUGCGGCGACAAAACCCAGCCUAAUUUGGAGGACAUCGGGAAUUUCUACUCCGCCGGUAGAGAUCCGAUCUUUUACUCUCACCACUCAAACGUCGACCGAAUGUGGACCAUCUGGAAGACGCUAGGAGGAAAACGACAAGAUUUCACAGACCCACAUUGGUUAAACGCAAGCUUCAUCUUCUACGAUGAAGACGCUCUACCUGUUCGUGUUUAUGUCAAGGACAGCCUCGACUCUACCAAUCUGCGUUAUGUUUACCAAGAUGUGGAGAUUCCAUGGCUGAAAUCCAAGCCGACUCCUCGCAAACCCAAGCAGAAGAAAGUAGCGACGCUUUUUCCUCCAGGACGUGGGGGUGUAGCGGUUGCGGCUGAAAAAUCUGCUGGCGUUGUUGCGUUUCCAGUUGUUCUGGAUAAGGUGAUAAGCACUGUGGUCUCCAGGGACAGGAAAUCGAGGAGCCAGAAAGAGAAGGAAGACGAGGAGGAGGUGCUGGUGAUUGACGGAAUCGAAUUUGCGAAAGAUGCGGCGGUGAAGUUCGACGUUUAUAUUAACGAUGACGACGAGUCGCCUAGCGGGCCAGACAAGACGGAGUUUGCCGGAAGCUUUGUGAACGUGCCGCAUUUGCAUACGCAUGCGAAGCUGAAGAAGACUUGCCUGAAACUGGGGAUCACUGAUUUGUUGGAUGACUUGGGAGUUGAUGAUGAUGACAGCGUGGUGGUUACUUUGGUUCCCCGGUACGGGAACGGAAUCGCCACCAUUGGCGGAAUCAAGAUCACGCUUCUUUCUUGAGCUCCGCAUGCAUUUCUAUGAUGGCUGUUUUUUUUUUGAUCGAGAUAUCCUAUAAUCUAAGGUUCUCAAAUUUAUAAAUAGGUAGUUUUCUCGUACCCGGAGGAAUGCGUGCUUCUGAGAGGUCUUUUAUAUUAUGCCCAAUACCAAAGUUAGUUAUAUACAUGUAACAAACAACAAGGAAAAUAAAUGCAAUAACUAAAUAAUGGUGAGCUAUGUUGUCUGCCAUAAA